CAGUGAGGGUAACAACAGAAAAGUCAUCCUCAGUGUGUGGACAGCUCGGUCGUCAACCACCACCACGAUGGUGAUCGAAGGUAAAAACGGAGACCUCGGUUCGCCGCCAAUGAAACCGAAGAAAACUUUUUCAGAUGACCUCCACUCGACCUUCAGCUCCCCCCUGGCCUGGAUCUUGGUCCUGGCUCUCGUCAUCACGUGGACUUGUGUUUUUGUCAUCAUGUUUGAUCUGACGGACUAUAAGACUAUUUCAGGUCGUCCGCCUCCUCCCAUCAGGAAGGUUUUAAAGGACUCAGGCCGUAGAGGAGGCCUCAGCAGGAUCGGCUCAGACCCCCUGAAGGCUGUGAACGAUGCUGUGGAUGAAUCAACAAACUUGAUUAGUGUAGUGUUCAAAUUUGCUGCCAACUUGAUCGCGCCAGAAGAAGAUGAAGGAAAUCUAUACGCAGUGAGAAAAAAAGAAAUCAUUCUGAUGGUAGGAAUAGGAAAUCUAGAGGCCAACAUCGUCACCCUCGCUAGUGAGCACCAGAAUUACUUCAACAUCUACCAUAUGUUGGGUCUAAGCUAUUCAAGAUGGGUGGAGGAGGAGGAGGAUGAGGAGGAGGAGGAAGUGGAGGAAGUGGAGGUGAAUUCUUACCGUCCCGAAGUAAAGGCAGAGGAGGAAGAGGAGGAAGAGGAGGAGGAGGAGGAUUACUAUGCAGAUGAGGAGGAGUAUGAGGAGUACGAUCUGGAGGAUGACGAGGAGUAUUAUGAUGAGGAGUAUGAGGAGGAAGGAAUGGAAGAGGAGGAGGAGGAAGAGGAGGAGGAAGGAGCUGAAGCUUUGGACGAGGAGGAAGAUGAGGAGGAG